AUGAACGACGUCCUCGCCGACUUCCUCGAGGGAUUUGCCCGGGUUGCCGCCACGAUUGCGGGGCAGGUCCUCAAAGGCGGGAGCUCCUUCAUUCAGGAGGCUGUCAAAACAAGAUUCCCAGCAGCUGGCGCCCCGGCUUUGGUGCAUCAUCAAGGACAGAACUUGGUGGUCACGACGCAUACCCAGACGCGUCGCGCUCCCAUGUCGGCGCUGCAGAUGGCAGGUGACGAUGAUCCGCCGAAGGACGGCAUCACCUUCGAGCUCCACAACGAUGAUGGCAACCUUCAGUCGAAGCUUGUCACACAGUUUAAUGGCUUCGAAACGGAUACGAGCUCCUGUUUGGCCUUUGCGCCCGCCAACAAGACGGGGGCAGCCGGGCAAGCCAACCCCGCAGACUGGCAGGUUCACGAUGAGAACGAUUUCGUUGAGCUGAAACCUUGGGCAGUGCCGUGGGGUCGUUUGGCGUCCUCGGGACAGUCGGAGGGAGACUGGAGCGAGGCACCCCAGGAGGGAGGAGGGCAAGUUCACUCGGCUUUUGUGGCAGACCAUCGCCAACCUGAAGAAGAUGGCCAGGAGUGGGACCCCUGGCUGGAGGAGGCCGGACGGCGCAACCGGGACUAUGCCAACUGGUGGCGACCAGGAACAGGAGAUGAAUCUUCUUCGGUGGGUACUUGGGAGCACGUGGGGAGCGAGGGCGGUCGCUCCGGGGCGGUACGAAGUGGCGGGUCGUGGCACCGGCCUGAUGCUUCGCUGGAACCUUGGUGGGAUUGGCGCGACCGGUAUGACCAGGGCAACUUUCUCGCCAAGGACACCCGCGGCGGCUACUACCAGGAGGGCUGGGUGGAGAAGCACCACGGGUGGAAGCGUAACGAGAACUGGGAUACGGCCUCGCAGUGGCCGAGCACGCGGUCGUGGAACAGCUUGGUGCCGUGGGAGCCGGCGCGCACCGAGGAUCCGGGCUCUCCCAGGGGCCGUGGUCCGGAUGGUGGUCUUCCUCCAGGAGAUCCUCAACCCGCUGGCGAAACAGGAGAGAAGCGAGGCCCAGGGAAGGUGACUUCAUCGUACCCGCCGAUUUUCCGAGCCCAGCCUGGCGAGAGCUAUCGCGAGUGGAAGCGCCAAGUGGCCUUUUGGUUGGGUGGAGAAGCUGGUCAGCUUCCCGCUCAGUAUGUGGGCCCCCGAGUGAUGGUGCAACUUCGAGAUCGUGCUGCUCAACUGGUUCGCCACCUAAACAACGAUGAUGUGAAUGGGGAAGGUGGUCUUCAGACGAUCUUCAAGACGCUGGAGCUGAGCCCGUUGAUCAAGCAGCUCGAUCGCCACCGUGUGGACCAGCACCGGAAGAAGCUCAUGUCUUUGACUCGCUUGCCGAGCGAAAGUAUGGAGAGCUAUAUCACUCGCGGCAGUAUCUACAGGACGCAGCUGCAGGGGAUGGACUCAGCUAUGAGCAUGGGGGAGAGCUUCUAUACCGGGCACCUCCUCGACCAUGCCAGGCUCACUCGGCGGGACAAGGCCAUGGUGAAGACGCGUGCCGGGGCGGACACCGAGGACGCGAUCACCACGGCCCUUGUCGAGCUGGCGCCGGAGUUGGAAGGGGAACCGGGCUACCCGAUUGGCAUGGGUGAGCCAGAUUUAUCCCUCCGUCAAGGCGAUGAAUGUUUGGUGCAGCCCCAACGGGGUGGAUGGCGUGGUGCCAAGGCCGCCCUUGGCGCGGAGAUUCCCGAGGAGCCGGUGGAGGAGGGCCUGGAGGAGCUCGACGCGCCAAGCGAGCAGGGGCAGUCCGACGAUGCUGUGGAGGUGAUGCACGCGGCCAACGAGGCGUAUGCCCUGCACUUUCGCGCCAAGCAGAAGAUCGCCGAGGUGAAAAAGCUCAGGCAAUAUUACAACAAAGGGGAUAAAGGGGAGAGACCCUCGGCCGAAGAGCGGAGACGAGCCAUUGCUGAGCAGAUGAAGAUCCACCCUUGUCGCAUCUGCGGGGAGCAUGGGCAUUGGGCGCGCGAGUGCCCGAAGAAGGGCGCUGUACAUGCAACCAUGGUGGCUUGGGCGCCUACAGGCCCAUCCCGUUCGAGGGCAGGCAAAGCCAGCUCAGACCAAUGGAGUCUGCUGGCCUCCUGCGUGCAGCCUGCGGACCCUCCGAGCACGUUCCAAUACAUGGGAAGUGGGUCUUGGGAGUGCUUGGUUUCUCGUCGGAUGCGUUGGGGACCGGAAGAUCCUGUAGAGGUUCAUUGGUGCAUGCAGGAACUUGCCAACAAGGUCAUCCUCGAUAUUGGGUGCAUGAAGAGUGUGGUUGGGACUAAGUGGAUGAAUAGUGUCGUGAGGCGGUGGAAGCAGGAAGGUCGUUGGUUUGUGGUGGUUCCUGAGGCCGAGGUUUUCAGGUUUGGCAAUGGGACUACCUUGAAAAGCCGCUACGCUGUCGCCUUUGAAGCCACCUUUGCCAAGAAGCAUGUGAUUUUACGUUUUAGUGUGGUCGAAGGUGACUGUCCCCCACUGUUGUCCAAGCCGGCUUGUUCGCAACUCGACCUCAAUAUCGACUGUGGCAAACACUCUUUGAGCUCCCCCAAAUUGAAAGUCAAGGCGUAUGGUCUCCCGCAUGCACCCAACGGGCACUACCUCAUGAACAUUGAAGAAUUCUCCGAGACGCCUAGGUGCCCGAUCCCCAAAGAAUUUGCUCUGCCUGCUGAUGUGGAAGCCUAUGUGUUAGUUGACUUCGAGAGUGAGGACUCUGUGCGCGCGCAGUUUGGCUCUAUGAGGCCUCCGAACGAGGAGUCUAGAUCACGCUCGCCUUCGUUGCCGCUGCCUUCCCAUGGCGUUCGCGAGGGACACGUGGCAGCCCAAUGCCCGGACUUGGAGGAGCCCGCCGAGGAGUGGAUGGAGGUGGAAGGCGAGCCCAGGCGGACACGCGCGACCCAGAGACCUCCGCUACGACACCCCGAGAAGUUCACGGAGUACUUCGACCUGACGGAGCUCACGACCGAGGAGAAGCAGCUAUUGGCGAAGAGGCGAGCCAAGGCGGCCGAGUCACGCAACCGCAAGAUGGAGGGGAAGGCCCUCACCGGCCUCCUGGCGGACUAUCCGAGCCUGGGCGAUCGAUGGAGCAGCGAUCUGGGCCUAAACAUCGCCGGCUCGAUGCGCGCUCGGAUGAUUACCUUCGCCUGGAAGCGCUUUCUCUGGUUGCUCCGGGUCAAGCAGGCAGUGACGCAGAGCGUUCCGGAUGGAGUCUGGAGACGGAACCGCCGGUGGGUGGCCAGUUUGCUGAUGAAGGAGGUGGGCUCAGCGUGGGGCCACCUGGGAGCGCUGAAGCAGCAUAUCCCCAACAAUGCGGAGGUGAUCCGGGGGCUAGUUGCAGAUCGACCUCUUCGACCAGAUUCAGACCAAGGGGGGCAUGUUGCAGAUCGACCUCUUCGACCAGAUUCAGACCAAGGGGGUGGUGGCACAGGUGUUCAGAGACAGCUCGUGAAGAUCGGUCGUCCGAACAGAGGCCUCACGCAGAAGCUCAAGGGUGGCGUGCAGACCAUUUUGGCCACUAUGUCCGAGGUGCAGCGGGUGGCGCGCAUGAAUCCUAAGCACUAUGUGGUGGAGGUCGUGGGCGAGCGGGUGGCCGAGUCGCCGAACUUCCCUCGAGAUCUCAAUUGGCACCGGGCGCCUUCCUUCGAGCAGCUUUAUACCCCCACGGGCACGGUGCUGUUGAAGCAGUGGAUCUCCAUCGAGCGCCCGGGGCUGAUUGUGAUGCGCCCCUCAGGAGAGCUGUGGCUUCCUUCCAACCUUCGUCUUCGUUUUGACCCAGAGCUACAACGUCAAGACCGCACCGCCGCUAUGAAGGAGUGGUAUUUGGUUCGGGAGGUAUGGCAGCACCAGACCAGCUUGGGGGGGCUCAUGUUGGUGGAUCAACCUUUUGGGUCGGAGGCAUGGGAGCUCACCUUUCUUCCGGACCUGCCUGGCUGGUGCACUCUGGAGAUCGACAAGUGUGCUUUUGGACGUCGUGCCGAAGAACCUCCCACUGGACCUCGUCUUCCUGGCCGUGCUUACUUUGGUGUCAACAACAAGGCCUUGGCCGAGCAGCUAAGAAAGCACGCUCGGUGCAGCUGCCCGGAAGGCCAUCUACCCGAUGCCGAUAUUCGCUGGCAAGCGUUGGCAGGCCAGGUGUGGUCUGAAGGCUUGUGGCGCUAUGUGCUCACCUGUGCCACGGUCGUCUUGGGGCAGCGCCAGGGGCUCGACACUUGGAAUGGGCUGGCCGAGCCGGUGGUGGAGGAUGAUUGGUUUGUGGCGCCGGUCGCGAACAGCCAGCUGCCCGAAGAAGAACUACGUCGCGUCUUGGCCCAGAUUGGGAAAACUGGCGAGAGGUACGAUUACGUGACGUUUGAUGGUGCCGCCGCCCAGCUUCCUCGCAAUGUACGUACCUCCGUGGCCCAUUUACACAGCUCCCUGGGCCACCCUGGCAACGACCGGCUGGUGCGUAUGUUGGUGCUCAGCGGGGCUACCGAAGAAGUCCUCACCGCCGCGAGGAGCCUACGAUGCCAGGUAUGCGCCUCGGUUCGAGGCCCGGCCAACGACCCACAGGUGUCCUGCCUGAAACCAAAGAUGUUUAAUGCUGCCCUCUCCGGGGACAGCUUCUUCAUCUUCGACUCCGAGGGCACGAAGUUUGGCGUGGUCCACUACAUCGAUGGCCUUACCGAUUUCCAUGUGGGGCAGGGCUUCUCGCAGCCCAACUCGAGCAGAGCGGCGAGGGUGUUGAGAGACAGCUGGUACGGUGUUUUUGGACCUCCGGAUGUUUUGCGCACCGAUGGAGGCACGGAGUUCCAAGGCGCCGUCUCCGUCCUCAACGAGCUCUUCGGCGUUCCUCACCAGGUGAUCCCGGAGGGUGCCAAAUAUCAGCUGGGGCAGGUGGAGCGUCAUGGUGGGGUGCUGAAGAUCAUGAUGAUGAAGAUGAUCGAUGCCCUCCAGCUGAAAGGGUUGGAGGACAUGCGCAUGGGUGUGGCCGCCGCCCUCGCUGCUAAGAACCGCUUGGUGACUGGGGCGGGUGUGUGCCCUAUGCAAGCGGUGACCGGUCGAGCUUCGCCUUUGCCACUGUCCUUGAUGAACCAGCUGUGCUCUGGGAAGGUCAAAUACCGCCUGAACCAGAGCCUUGAGGAGGAUGAGGCGUUGCAAAGGGCGGACCGGAUUCGCCUUGGAGCUCAGGAUGCUAUACAAUGGAUCGAUGCGCAGACCACCCUGCGCAGAGCUCUAAAUGCCAAGAGCCGCCCGCCCAACCUGGAGAUGAUAAAGGAAGGGGCCACGGUGUACGUCUAUGAACCUCCUCAGAGUCGCGCAGGGCAAGCCCGUCGAGUUCGUGACAACACGUCGUGGGUGGGGCCGGGCACGGUGGUUUGUGUCGAGCGCGACCACCCCACUCCUAAGCGGGCUUGGGUGCGCUUGAAGGGGCGGGUCAAGGCAGUGGCCUUGGAGCGACUGAGGCUAGCUACGGUCGACGAGCUCAUCGGCGCGACCGUGGUCACGGACUUUGUGAAGGAGUUGGAGCAAGAGCUGGCCCAAGGGCGCGCACAGGUGGAGCAGCCGGCGGAGAACGAAGAUAAGCCGCAGUCGUCAUCGUCCUCUUCGAGCUCUUCGGAGGAGAACUUGGGCGAGUCCAUUGCGCCUGGUAUGGAGUGGGACCCCGAGGAGGAGAAGGCCCUUCGACGAGCGGCGGCGUCCGACGUGCCCGUCCAGAUCUUGCGCGAGCGGGAGAAGAGGGCCAUUGCCGAGAAGGAGGCCCAGAUGGAGCCCCACGAGCUGGACUUCCAAAAGAAAAGGAGGAUGUUCGACAGGCUGCAGUCGCAGUUGGAGGUGCCGACCGUCCUCCAAGAAGCAGCAGCUCGCGGGCAGAUGGAGGAGUCCUACAGCAAGGCGCGGCGCAAGGUGAUCCCGAAGAUACCUCCGAAAGCGCGGGGCUCGGGAGCGGCUAGCUCUCGUGCCCCACCACGGUCUGUGAAUGCCGUCGAUGGUGAGCCAUCUCCGGCCUGGCACCACUUGGAUGGGGAGGACCUGGACGAUGUCUUUGAGAUCUACGCCGCGUGCGAGAACAAGAUUGAGGAGGAGCAGCCGUUGAAGGACUUGCUGGGUCACUCCCAAGCGGGUGUGAAGGAAGCCGCGGCAGCUCCCCAGAUGCUCAUGGGCAAGGACAGGGUCGAGCUCCAUUGGCGCAAGCUCAGCCCGGACUGGAGAAAGGCCUUCACCAAACCUCUCGUGGAGGCCGUCCAGGUGUACAUCGACCACGACGCCAUCGCUGCUGUUCCGGAAGAUCGCUGGGUCCCUCCCGAGAAGAUUCUCUCCUCACGCUUCGUGCUCACGAACAAGACCAAGGAGGAGACCGACCCCUUUAAAUGCAAGCUCAAGGGGAGGUGGAUCAUUGGUGGGCACCGGGACAGCGAAGCGGGGCAGCAUGCGACGGCCUCCCCUACGGCUUCCCUCCUCGGCCAGAACCUCGUGAACUUCCUGGCGGUGCAGUUUGGAUGGCACGUCACCUACGAGGAUGUGACGGCGGCGUUUCUUCAAGGACGGCCUCUUCCACCUGAGCGCGAGGUGUAUGUGCGUCUUCCUCGCGAUGACUACCCGGCCGAGGUUUACGAGCUCCUCGGUAACUUCGUGGGGGCUGGUGCUAGGGUGGACAUGGUGAGGCUCACGAAGGGUGGCUUUGGCUUGCCGGAGUCCCCGAGGCUCUGGUACCAAGAGUACAAGCUGACGUUGAGCGACCUGGGCCUUCGUGAACUCCGUCUUCUUCCGGGAGUCUUUUGCGAGAUGCGCGACCGCCAACGCUUGGGCGCCAUUGCCUCCAUCCACGUGGACGACACCCGCUACACAGGGGACGCCCAGGCGAGCGAGGGAUGGGUGAAGUUUUGUGGCCGUUGGGAGAAGCAGGACCCCGAGACGAUGGAGAUUGCCUACAAGAUGGAUGACUACGCCAAGGAGAUCCCGCUUCUUCCCACGCGCAGCCCUGAGGAUGACCUGCCUCUCACCGAGAUCGAGAAGAAGUUGAUAAGCUCCACCGUGGGGCAGCUCAUGUGGGCGGGAAGGCAGGCCCGCUACGACUUGCUCUAUGGGACCUCCAAUGGGCAGCAGUUGGCGGGCACAGGCGACCCUUUGGCUUUGGAGGCCCUCAAUAAGGUGGUGCGCCGAGCCCGCGAAGAUGCCCCUAUGGUGGUGCGACGCCUGGGGGUGCCUAUGGACCAAUGGUGCAUCGUCUCGGCGUCGGACGCGGCGUAUGGAGCGCAACCUCGAGGCGCCAGUCAAGGAGGCCUGGUGAUCCUCGUUGCCGAUCAGAAGAUCACCCAAGGAACCGCUCGGGUGUCCAUUCUGGAUGCUCAGAGCGCGAAGAUUCACCGAGUGGUUCGGUGCUCGAUGAGCGCCGAGCUCAGCAGCGGUGCCACGGCCUUUGAGUACGGGGACUACGUGAAGGCGGUGUUGGGCGAGAUGGUGCUCCCGCCCUUUUCUUUGAAAGAAUGGAAAAUGGCAACUAUGCUUUGGCGCCACUACCUCGUGCUGGACGCCAAGACAGCGUAUGAUGCCUUGUACUCGGAGAACCUCCCGUCGGACCGCAAGCUGCUCAUCGACAUCGCCGUCCUCAGAGAAGCCCUUGGCGAGAACGAACAAAACUUUGUGAGGUGGGUGCCUGGAAGCCAAAUGAUUUCGGAUGGCCUCACCAAGUGGAAUGGGAACGGCAUCUUGCAGCAGGUGAUGAGUACGGGGUGUUGGUCCUUGAAGGACACCGAGGAGCUACAAAAGCUUCGUGAAGCAGCCGGGGCCAAGAAGAAGGCCAUUAUGGCCAAGGCGAAAGCUCGCAGAAAUCAGAAGUGGAUGAAGCGGAACUGGGACAAGUGGCAAGGCUACUCUUUCUACACGGGCUCCCUAGCCAUUGAGAAGUGCGUGACGGUGACCUACGCCAUCAACGUGCAGCCGGUCGUUGCUUUCAUUGGCGGCUUGCAAUUUGACGUGAUGCCAAAGCCGCUGGCUUCG